ACCUUCCUCGCCGCCGGCCUCCACAAAUCUAUAAGCCGCCCACAGCCGAGAUGAUAGCUUAUCUGGACUUCAGCGUGUCCACUACAGGCAUGCUCACAGGGGUCAAGAUCUCUCAUGCAGCGGUCAGUGCAAUUUGUCGCUCUGUAAAGCUGCAGUGUGAACUGUACUCCUCUCGCCAAAUAGCCAUCUGCCUGGAUCCUUACUGUGGCCUAGGCUUUGUCUUGUGGUGCCUCGCAAGUGUUUACUCAGGUCACCAAUCCAUCCUGAUUCCUCCCUUCGAGUUGGAGAGCUGCUGCUCUCUGUGGCUGAGCACGCUCAGUCAGUAUCGCGUCAGAGACACCUUCUGUUCCUACUCCGUCAUGGAGCUCUGCACUAAAGGACUGGGCACUCAGACUGAGUUACUCAAGGCCCGUGGUGUCAGCCUGUCGUGUGUCCGGAGCUGUGUGGUGAUAGCAGAGGAACGCCCUCGACUCACCCUCUCACACUCCUUCUCCAAACUGUUUAAGGACAUCGGGCUGUCGCCCAGAGCUGUUAGCACUGCUUUUGGUUCCAGGGUUAAUCUGGCCAUCUGCCUGCAGGGAACAACUGGUCCAGACCCCUGUACAGUUUAUGUGGACUUGAAGUCCCUUCGUCAUGACAGAGUGAGGCUCGUGGAGAGAGGAGCGCCUCAGAGUCUUCCACUAAUGGAGUCUGGCAAGAUACUUCCAGGUGUUCGGGUGAUCAUCGUAAAUCCAGAGACCAAAGGUCCACUUGGUGAUUCUCAUCUAGGAGAGGUCUGGGUGAACAGCCCUCACAAUGCCAGCGGCUACUACACCAUCUAUGGAGAGGAAAGUCUCCAGGCCAACCACUUCAACACUAAGCUCAGCUUUGGAGACCCCCAGACCUUAUGGGCCCGAACGGGGUACCUGGGCUUUGUGAAAAGGACUGAGCUGUUGGAGGCCAGCGGGGAUCGUCAUGACGCUCUCUUCGUGGUUGGCUCACUCGAUGAGACCUUGGAGCUAAGAGGGCUGCGCUAUCAUCCAAUUGACAUUGAAACCUCAGUGUCCCGGGCUCACCGCAGUAUAGCUGAGAGUGCUGUGUUUACAUGGACCAACCUGCUGGUGGUGGUGUCAGAGCUUUGUGGUUCAGAGCAGGAUGCGCUGGACUUGGUGCCUCUGAUAACCAACGUGGUCCUGGAGGAGCACCACCUCAUCACGGGGGUGGUGGUUAUUGUGGACCCAGGGGUUAUACCCAUCAACUCUAGGGGAGAGAAGCAACGCAUGCACCUUCGUGACUCCUUCCUCGCUGACCAGCUGGAUCCCAUCUAUGUUGCGUACAACAUGUAAGGGGUCGCGGUGGUCUGGGUCUGUGUGGUCUGCACCAUCAACCCGGUCCAACUAAAGCUUUGGCAGAGGCUGAAAAGGAGGAGCAUGAACCACAUGUACUGCCACCCAGCCCUAUGUGACACCAGCGUUUCUUGGCCACUGCAUGUCUGUGAUUGGACCUGCCAUGUUUUGGAGUUCCUCACUGUGUUUCAUAGAUAGAAUUUUGAAAAUGGGACAGAAGCAACAUGUGUAUAUAUAUGGCAAAGGGAGAAAAAAAGCCCCUGUUGCACUUUUUUAGGGAAAGGACAAAAACAGGACCACUCUUAAAAUUAAUUAUAUUUUAAUGUUUUCGUGAAAGUCUGUCGUCUUAUGCCGUACCUACCAGAAACACUUUCCCUUCUGUGUCUACACAGAUUCCAAGAGCUAUUCAACUUUGAUCCACAACUUGAAAUAUUUUUUACAUGCAGCUUUCAAACUAACGCACAGAAACGCAUGACCUGAGCCCUUGUCAUUUCUCACUAGCAUGAAUGAAUAAAAGAGGGCAGAUAAAACAAACCAUCAAAUGAGAAGCAAGUCUAAGACUGUGCAUAAUUUUAGAAAAACGUCCCAUGAUAAUGAAGCCAAAUACAUUUUCACAACGUUCAAGCCCUAAUAUAUUUCCUGCCUUAUAAAACUUCAGCCAUACAUUCCUAUCUUAAUUUUUAAUACAUCUGUUAUAGGUGGCUUUUUAGUCUCCUUUGGAUUUAAAUAGUAAUGAAAAUCCUGACAGAUAUCCAAAGUAAACAAAGUAAAAGAGAAAAGAGGCCAUAUUCUGUACUGUACCUAUAAAGGCCUGUUGUAUUUUGAUACUGUACGUUACUGUAUAGAUAUUUUUAAUUGUGUAAAUGUAUACAUGCUUGACUUGUCUCUCUCAGUUGAUGGUAUAUGGAUAUUUUACCCAGCCGAGAGAUGAUAAUUGUAGCAGAGAGAGGAUUGUAAAUAAGAUUUAACAGCUUUGACAGUACUUUUGAAAUGGAAUAAUAGUUAGUAUAAUUGAGGGUGGAGAUGAUUAACUUUAAAGCAAUGAUAGCCAGGAUAGAUACAACAUUGCACUUUCUCACAAAUUGUCUAUUUUAUUAUAACAAUGAGGCAUUAAAAUGAAUGGUUUAGGAGCAUAUAUUCUGAGGAUGAAUGCUUGAGGAGCUUUGAGAGUUUAGUGGGAGGGCUAUCACUGUUAAUGCCAGGGAUCUUUCAAUGAACAAGAAAAAGACGUGGCUAAAGAACAAUAUCAUGAUUAUUUUAAGACUACCAGGUUAUGUUGUAAAAAAAGUAAUACAUAUACCCACAACUGUUCAUCUAAUAUCCAUUACUAUUGUACUUACUGUAGUAUCACUAAAACCCCCCCCCCUUUCAGUUUUGUAUUGCAUAAUAGAGGAAAUGAUUGAGAGCGUGGCCCUUUCCUUUUCCUCUUCUCUUGUCUUCGUGCAACUUUGUAAAGAAUGACUUUAAAUUCCAACAGGAUUGUUGUUGGAACUUUAAGUCUGUAGUCAAUAGAGGAAAGUCACCGUGUAUCUGGAUUAUUUUCUGUGUUCAGUCACUGGAUUAAAAGCACUUGAAAAUGCAGUUGCAAAGCUGAGCCUACACUUACAAAAUCCUUGAUUGGAAAGUAAUUGUAUACAAAAGAAAGAAGAAAUGCAGCAAGAUAUAUUUGCAAGAUGUAUUUUGUUUCCUGUAAGCUUGUGCUUUCCUUGUACUUCUUUGCCAUUAUGUAUAGGUUCUUUGUACUGGAUUAAUCUGUAUCUCAGUGAUGAACACUAAAUGUCAACAUGUAAAUAGUUUUUUGUUAUUUUUGGACUUUUGCAACUAUCUCACUAUAACAUUCAAUCAUGCCAAACACAAUAUUAGAACGUUGUUUAAUCAUACAAAGGUAAACAGGAAUAUAAUCCAUUGAAUUACUGCACUUUGCACUGGUGGUACUUACAGUAGGUGUCUACUGUGUGGACUAACUAUACCCAUUUCAUGUUAUAUUUAAUGUGUUACUAAUUUUAGAAAUAUAAUGCUUUUUCCCAGUUUAAGUCCACCUAGAGAAAAGACUAAUAGCACUUAAUCUUAUUUUUGACAUUGCAUCCUUCAUUUGCAACAUAAUGUUUGCAUGACUCAGCCAGGCACUCAAAUAAAUCAGCUUAAGGCACAUCGCAUCCUUAGGGACACAAGUGGGAGGAGAUGUACAUGUAUGAAAUUGCAUAUUCAGGGAACAAAACUCCUAACACAGGGAUGGACCAGGUGGUCCCUUGGUGCAAUCUGUGAAUAAUAAUACCCAUAAAAUGUAGAGGUUUGUCCAAACAAAUGCACUUGUAAUUAACGUAAAGAGCAAAAGAGGGGUUACCAACGACCAGAGUCCAUCCACCAUCUCCCUGCUUCACUGGGAAGUCUACGAGGGCUUCCAUUGGUUCCUGCUCUUUUUCUCUGUCAGAGUUCUAACACACUAUGCAAUCUCAAUGACAGUGCAAUUUAAUUUCAAAGCUUGCACAGUCCAGUGAAAUAAACAUGAUGCUUAAACAUUUUGUAAUAGACUAAGAACAGAGGACUGGUGAAAUGUAACCAGUAGUGUACUGUAUUAAUCUCUCUUGAGUUGUUCUAUCAAUAUUUUAUGUAUGCACUCUUGGUAUGUUGUAUAUUAAUUAUUUGGUCAAUCUAAACUGCUCCAUGAGGGUGUGAUCCACUGAUACAUCUUUAAUGUUGGGGAGGUGUUUUAAACUCACAUAGUUGAGAAUUUAAGGUGGUACACCCCUUCCCAUUUUUCUCACUUAUUUUCUAUUUUGGUUUGUUGUACUUUGUUUUAUACUUUAUGUGAAAGUAAUACGGAAUAAACAGAAGCAUUUAAUCAA